AUGAACGAGGAUUUUGACCGUGAGCGGAUGGUCUGCGAACGCGCUGAACUGCUGGUCGCUGUCAAGCCCAACGAGCCGAUCUGUCCAGACUACUGCGACAUCUGUACAGAAUGUCUGCUUCAUUGCAAGAAUCGCGCAUCGGAGGACGUCCCGUCAUCUGCAUCGAAAACUACACCAUCUACUGUGGCGAUGCAGAUGAAAGGAAAAAAAGGAGUCGUGGAGCUCAACAUCAGUCGAAGCUCAAGUUGGAAGACCAAGGAGAGAGCGGAUGACACUGACUCUUUCACUAAGUGCAUGCAUGAGAGAAGCUGUAAAGAAAACGCUCCCGGCUUUAGAACCGAGAAAGAUGUUCGUCUUAGCGUCUGCGGAACAAGAUACGUGUACAAUUCUGGAUCAUUUGAAGACUUGAAGGUGAAGCGCCAAGCGCCAUCAGCUCUUGGACUUGUGCAUAUUGAUAGACCGAGAUAUGCGGUUAAUGAGGAACCACCUACCAAGUCAGAGGUUCUGCAACGCGAAGAAACAAGGCGCGACGAACAAGCUGACUUUUGUCCUGGCCGAUCUACGAUUGACCAGGUGUUCAAUGUCAAGAGAGUUAUCGAAAUCUGGCCACGCUUCGCCAUUGACGACAUCAUGCGAAGAGUAGUCGAUCAGUGUCCUGCUUGCAUCGUCUUAGCACCAUCAGGGUGCCCAUUGGCUGAUCUCGGGUACGCCGACAAUGUUGUUACAUUCGUCCCGAUAACCGACAAAACUCGUCGAUGA